ACAGUACUCCUCAUCCUAUCCUUCUGUGAGAAUGAGAAUGGGACAUGGGGUUUUUGGCAUUCGCUCCUUAGCUUAUAAUGCUUUUAUUCUCAUGUCAUUUCUUCACCAAUCCAAUGCCAAAUUGUUGUAUGAUACAAAGCAGGGUGGGUGUGAUUUCUUCCAAGGGAGUUGGGUCUAUGAUGAUUCUUAUCCUAUAUACGACACAUCAGUGUGCCCGUUUAUUGAGAAACAAUUUGAUUGCCAGAAAAAUGGACGUCCUGAUAAGUUAUAUCUCAAAUACAGAUGGAUGCCUAGUGCUUGUGCUUUACCAAGAUUUGAUGGCCAGGAUUUUUUGAGGAGGAAUAAAGGGAAGAAAAUAUUGUUCGUAGGGGACUCUCUAAGCCUGAAUCAAUGGCAAUCUCUCACAUGCAUGCUGCAUGCAUCGGUUCCCCAAUCAAAGUUCACUAUUCAAAGAAAAGGAGACGUCUCUACCUUUUCUUUGCAUGAUUAUGAGAUUUCUGUGGUUUUAUCUCGUAAUGCAUUUUUAGUUGAUUUAGUGAAAGAAAAGAUAGGCAAGGUUUUAAAGCUGGAUUCUAUUGAAAAUGGGAAUUAUUGGAAAGGAUACGACAUGCUCAUCUUCAACACUUGGCAUUGGUGGCUUCACAAAGGAAGUGAACAACCAUGGGACUACAUUCAAGAAGGAAAAACAAUUCGGAAAGACAUGGAUCGUCUGGUUGCUUUUAAAGAUGGACUUACUACAUGGUCAAAGUGGGUAGACACCACUAUUAAUCCCAACGUUACCAAAGUAUUCUUCCAAGGCAUUUCUCCAACCCAUUAUAAUGGUGAGGAAUGGAACGAAACCAAAUCGACCUGCAUUGGCGAAACUCAACCAAUAAGUGGAAGAACAUAUCCAGGAGGUUCACCACCAGCAGCUACAGUGGUAAAACAAGUGUUGAGUGAGAUGAAAAUAGCUGUUACAUUGCUUGACAUAACAACACUUUCACAGCUAAGGAAAGAUGGCCACCCUUCCAUUUAUGGAUACGAGGCAAAAAAGGGGAAUGAUUGCAGCCAUUGGUGUCUUGCUGGAGUUCCUGAUACAUGGAAUCAACUUUUGUAUUCCAUUCUUGUUACUGGAGAGGGAAGCAAGUUACAGUAAAUGUUAAAAAUAAAAAUAAAUGAUCAAGUACCCAGAAAAGGGAUUAAUUUAAUAAUUAGAUAAACGAGUUAAAUUGAAUCUCAAAAUCUUCAAAAAGAUGUUCAAAACUCCACAAUGAGAAUCAAAGAAGCAGAUGUUAGGUUUACAUUUUCUAACAAUAUUUUGGGUGUAUCAUUUAAACGCAAGUCGUUUAAGGCGAUAUUUGUUAUG